CUCAGGCACUGUAAACGGUGUUAGUGUUGUUGCAGUCCUCGACUGUGUACCGGCAGUGAAAGACGCUACCUCUGGACACUUGUGUUCACUUCUCGACGCCAUGGUGGCUCUAAACCAGGACCCCCCACCCUACCCUAUUCAGCAGUUGUCGAAUGGUGUGGUGAACGUGGCCUUCAGCAGCGAUGGCCUGUCGAGGGUGGCGGAGAAGGAGCGAGAGAGCCAGGUGAAGCAGGAGGCGGCCGAGGAGGACCCCUGGGCCGUCACUGAACUACAGAUCGACGACGGUGUCAAGUGGGAAGACCUGACGGGGACGCAGAAGGUGAAGAGGGUCCUGAUUAACAUCUCCAAGGUGGUCCUCGUCCUGGGCUUCCUCUACCUCUUCAUCUGCUCCCUCGACUUCCUCUCUUCAUCCUUCAGACUCAUCGCUGGCAAGACUACAGGUGAUGUGAUGAACAACCAGUACGUGAAGAACCCUGUGGUGGGCCUGAUGAUCGGCAUCCUGGUGACGGUCCUCGUCCAGUCCUCCUCAACCUCAACCUCCAUCAUCGUCUCCAUGGUGUCCGCUCAGAUUCUGGAUGUGCACACAGCCAUUCCCAUGAUCAUGGGCUCCAACAUAGGCACCUCCGUCACCAAUACUAUCGUCUCCCUCACGCAGGUUGGUGACCGUAAUGAGUUUCGUCGCGCCUUCGCCGGAGCUACCGUCCAUGACAUGUUCAACUGGCUCUCAGUCAUCACCCUCCUCAUCAUCGAAAUCGCUACAGGCAUGUUGGAGAAAAUAACCACGGCCAUGGUGUCGGAUCUCGCCUGGGUCAAAGGUGGUGGAGAGAUCAAGAUGCUCAAAGUCAUCACUGACCCAUUCACCAAACUCAUCAUACAGUUGGACAAGGACGUGCUGACGGCUUGGAGCACAAAUCAAGGGGCUUUGGUUAACGAGACUUCACUCGUGAAGAAGUACUGCAAGAAAUCGUGUAUGGUGUUUUCCUCCACCAGCGAGCCAGUAGCCAGCAGCACCGCCCUGGCGGCUUCCACAACCGCCCUGGCGGCCUCCACAACGGCUGCUGGAUGUGUCAAAGUGGCUGUUCCCAACUCGUGUCACUUCCUCUUCUAUCAGACCUCGCUUACGGAUGCACAAGUGGGCAUCAUCCUCCUCAUUUGCUCCCUCCUCAUCCUGUGCUCGGCCCUCAUCGCCAUAGUCAAGAUCCUCAACUCCAUGAUGAAAGGCAAGAUGGCUGUGAUCAUCAAGAAGACCAUCAACGCCAACAUCCCCUACCUUCCCUGGCUUACAGGGUACAUCGCUAUCCUGGUGGGCGCUCUCAUGACCUUCGUAGUGCAGUCUUCCUCUAUAUUUACCUCCACACUCACACCUCUCAUUGGGAUCGGAGUGAUCACGGUGGAGAGGUCGUAUCCCCUGACCUUGGGCAGCAACCUGGGCACCACCACUACGGCUCUUCUGGCAUCUAUGGCUGGAGAGGGAGACGGCCUCGUCUAUGCCAUCCAGAUCGCGCUCGUCCAUCUCUUCUUCAACAUCUUCGGUAUCCUGUUCUUCUACCCGAUCCCCUUCAUGAGGUUCCCCAUCCCGCUGGCCAAGCGCCUGGGCAACACCACAGCCAAGUACCGCUGGUUCGCCGUCCUCUACCUCAUCAUGAUGUUCUUCCUCGUGCCUGGGUUUGUCUUCCUCCUCUCUCUAGGAGGGAGUUUAGCCAUGUAUAUCGUCGGUCUGCCUCUGGCAAUCAUCCUUGUUCUUGCAGUCAUCAUCAACAUUCUUCAAAGCAAAAAGCCCAGUAUCUUACCAAGCUUUUUGCGGACGUGGAAUUGGUUACCGAAGCCCCUACAUUCACUCCAGCCCUACGAUGCCUGCUGCCUGGCUCUGCCUUGCUGCAAAUCUUGUCGUAUUUCAGAAAGCGAAAGCAACGACUUGCAAAGAGUUGAAGUCAACAAGAAUUCUGGAUUGGAAAACAAAGCUUUCGAGGGCACUGAUACUAGGUUUUAAACUGGUUGAUUCAGUAUUGUAGCGAGUACUGCCAUGGCAGCAGGCUUAUUGGUGGUGGCUAAUGCCAUGCCAGUAGGCCUACUUUUGGCAACUAUUACCAUGGCACUAAUGGUUGAAUGUUAAUGCCAGGCCGGUAUUGGUGGCAAGUGCCAUGACAGUACUGCUGGUACGUCCUGCCAUGACAGUAUUUCUAUUCCUUUUAUAUUUUCUCUACAUUCCAUUCAAACGAAUAUUGUGCCUAAUUAUUCGCGUUGCAAAUCUCCUUUUCUGAACUGUUGUACUUAAUUCUCAUCAUUUGUCAUGCUUUAGUAUAAAUGUUUUAGCAUUAUACACAUGUUAAAGGUGCAACAUUUGGCUCCCCAAAAAAAGGUUAACGUCAAUGGUUGUGUACUUUUCUGCCCCUGAUCUCUAUUAUUAUUACUAUUAGUCAAUAAUGGGAGCUAAUAGACAGGCACUAGAUCUCUAGGAAUUCCACCUCGUCAAAGACAUACGCUGCUGUCCUUAAGUGAUAUGUCUCGAACCUGCUGUCUGCAUCUUCUUGGUCCUUCAAGGGUACUUGCAGAUUAUUAUUAUUAUAUUUGAUUUCUUAAUGAUCCAGAUAUUCCGGGUCUGGUUUUACACUGAAGGCUUAUUUAUUGUUUUUUUUACUAUUAAAACAUGUUAUUUUUUUGUUAGGUCAUUUUCAUCCAAACAUAUUUUCGUUGUCUUCAUUAUCACUCAUCAUCAUCAACAUUAUCAUUACAAUGUACCACAAGGAUGUUGCAUUCACAAAUCGUAUGAUGCAAUAAAUAUAUAUUGUUUUAAUCAUCGUAACCAGAUUUGACACGUGAGAAGCAAAAUUUAAGAAGAGUUGUUUAACAUAUCAGAAUUCAAACAUUAUUUAGGAUAUUUUUUGGUAUUAUCUGACUCAAUAAUUCUUUAUCUGACACAUUAUUUGUAAAAAAUAAUUCUUUUUAGCUAUCUAUACAUACUUCAACUCGUAUUUUCAUACUGAUAUCUCUUGUUAAUGAAGGAAACUACAAUUUUGUUUCUCACAUAAAUAAAGAGUUAAAAAAAUGCAAUGACCUUUUCACUUUGAAGUUGAACUUAGGUCCUUGUCUUGCAAGGUAAUCAUUAAAGACUUAGGUACCUGAAUAGUCACAGUUUUAUAAUUCCUAUCCAGAUUCGUGUUGCAUUUGAUGUUUAUACAAGUCUAUAGCGUGGCACAGUGGAUGAUGUGAAGGUCACUUUCCCAGUUGGUUAAACACCGUUGUGGUCAGGUCAGUAGUUGGUGGGUGACCACGCUGAUUGCUUCGACUUGGACUAUGGGAGGGAGGGGGCCUUGGUAAGCCUGUCCCCUGAUAGUUGGGAUACCUUUAUUAGCUGCGAACCCAGUUCUUAUGCAUUUCGUUUGGCUUCAAUGUUUUAAUGAUCAACAUGUAUAUGUUCAAACUUCAGGCUUCACCAACUUUGCAUUUGUGUUGUAAUUCAUACCAUUUAAGUUUUGUAGGUGACUAUUUGCAUGAUUUUCUCGUGAGCUGAUUUGCAUGGCACUGUAAUGUAUAUUAAGAUUUUCUAAAUAGCACGAGUCGUUGUUUUAAAACACGCAGUGAGGCCGACCUUUUCACUACCUUUCUCUCUCACAACUUUCUGUGAUGAGCUUAUAAAUACAACUUGUAUAUGCACAGCUGAAAUUAUAUUAUGUAUGGACAUGCACAGUAUUCAGUUUGCAUACCGCUUGUCCAACAUAUGUACUGUGCAGACAUAUGUUGGUGCAGAAUAUUCACAGUAUAUGCAUUGUCAAAGACGUAAACGCGUGUAUAACAUAUACACCUUAAGAGAUAUACUGUAUGUACAGUAUAUACUCUCCAAGACGUAUGCUGUAUGCAUGCAAGCACGAGGAAAUACACUCGUAGAUCAAAAGGUUAACGGUGUCAAUUAUUUUAUUAGAAGCAGUAUAUUAAUAUAUUACUGUAUUUUAUGUUUUUUCCUGUAAACACACGCAUUUAUAAAUACAUGAGAAUCUGUAGAAAGAUCGCAAUACAGUUUUGUUUAUAUAAUGCAGUAUGUAAUAUAACAUUUAUAAUUACAGCAUGCAAUACAGUAUUGCAUUAAUAAUUAGUCUAUCAGUAGGUUUUGUUUUAAUUACAGAAUGCCAUACAGUAAUGUAUGUAUAAUUGCAUAAUGCAAAACAGUAUUGUAUUUGAGUGUACAGUAUGCAACACACUAUUGUAUAUAUAACAACACUAUACAAAGCAAUAUUGUAUUGUAUUUACAGUAGGCAGUUGUUUGCUAAAGUCACAUUUUUCCCAUAGUCAUGUAUUCUGUGUAUGGUUAAUAACAGCCAUGAAUGUAACAAACAUAACAUUUCUCUACGAAUUUACACAAGUCAGCAUGUUAAAAAAAUACACCGUAGAUACUUUUUUAAUACAACAAAAACCCAGUAGGGUAGCUGCAUAAAUGCAUAUAUGUACCUGAGUAUGUCAAUACGAAGAGGAAAAACAAGCCAAGUUUCUCAUAAAACUGAACUCGUAACUCAUGACGGGCAAACUGUGUUUACAGUGAAUAUCGUUAUAAUUUACCAGGGAAGUUCAAUAUUAUCUGACAGCUACAAGGCCUUCUCGAGCUCAUAAUCCGUUUGUAGGUCAAGCCAUUAUUGAAGAAGGCUUCAGUAACAUCUCUCUCCUUGCUUUAUUAUGUCAGAUGUAAUUUGUAUACAAUUUUCUAAAGUUUCGAGUCUGUAAGUUGGUUGUGAAAGGAUAAAUGUAUCUACAACUAGCAAGGGUCUGAUGUUACUGGUUGCACCAAAGUGUAAUGUAUCAUAAAUGUCACGAGGCAUUUCGUUUUCUGGCAAGAUGUAUAUUUGUAGAUAUUGUGAUAGUAAAUGUAAAUAUUAGUAAAUACAUUAUUAAAAAAUUGAGCAAUUAAUGAUCUUAUAUUCAAUAAAAUGUA